CAGGCAAGCAAUAAUUGCCUUCCACGCAGCACAAGAAGAACGAGGCGACACGCUCCUUUCUGGUUUUUCCCUCCUUUAAGGCGGGCACGGGGUUGGACUCCUUCCUCCCUGUCCGCUGUCACUGCCGCCCUCUCUUCUCCUUCCUCGUCUUUUUAUCCCUCGCCCCUCUGUGUCCAUUGCCAGGCAUAUCAUGCAUCGCAGUCGGCGAAUGAACUGUCGAAUAUUCUCCCUAUCUCGUCUAGUGCCGUCCCGGAGAGGAAGCUGGACCAGGCCCUGGUUCCGUGGCUGGAAAAACAUACCUCUCUCCCUUCCUUUUCUUCAGCUACGCCUCUGUCGCCUCCUACCCUCCUUGACGUCCGUCCUUCAUCCAUACCCAAUGCCGGGCGUGGGCUUUGGCUCAAACCCUAUCAGAAUGUUGCCAAGGGCGACAUCCUCACGCUAUAUCCCGGACUCAUUUAUGAACUGCCUCACGACCUGGCGGCGCUGAUGCCGUCCGAAGAUGCUUUUGCCUUUGCCCCACCGGACUUCAUGAUAGGAAAUGCCUUCCUUUUGCGCGUGUCCGUGUCGUCUCGGGAUUUUCUCUGCGACGGGCGGCCGUUUGGGUUGUCGGCCCAUAUGUUUCGCGCAAUUUCUCGACGGCAACACGAGCGGCUUGGCCUCCAGGUCAACGACGCUUGGUUGGAGGGGGAGGGGGAAGGCGGGAAGGAAAACGGGGGAGGGACAGCAAAGGAAAGAGGCGCCGAGGGCGGAGGCAAGAGGUCGAGCCUGGCGUGGGGUCAUCUCAUCAACGAUCCCCAGGGGAGCGGGGGGCGCCCCAACGUGGCGUUUCGGACGAUCCGUGUCACUGUUGCCGCGUCGGCGGCGCCGGCGGCCCCGGCGUCCUCCUUCCCUCCCUCCUUCCCUCCCUCCCUCGUGCCCUCCCUCCCUACCCUGUCCGCCUCGGGGAACAAUGCGAGGGAACGCGUGGUGAUCGCGGUCGUGGCCGUGGAAGCGAUGGAGGGAGGGGCGGAGGGGAAGGAGCUUUUCGUCCAGUAUUCUCAGGAUCCGACGCAUUUGGGCUACAUUUAG